AUGGGUCUCCGGCAGGAACAUGACUCAGAACUGAAUCUGACUAAGGACUCCAGGAGACAGCAAAGGAAAGGCAAAGGCAUGAAAAGAUCCAUUUUGCACAUCGAACAGCAAAUGUGCUUUGUGGAAAUAGACUAUCAAAAUGCUUCUCAAGAUUUUCAAGGGAAUGACAAGGAACAUUGUACAGAUUCACCAUCACCAGCAGAGAAGAUCAUUGCUGGGAUCUUGGGAGUCAUCUGCCUUAUCUUGUACAUUUUAGUAAGAAUGGUUCUCUCAUAUCACUGUGGUCGAUGCCCACCAGAGUUUUUAAUAUAUUCCAACAACUGCUAUCACAUCAGCACUGAAGGAAAAACAUGGAAUGAGAGUUUGAUGGCCUGUGCUUCUAAGAGCUCUAGCCUGCUCUAUAUAGAUAAUGAAGAAGAGAUGAAUUUUUUGAACAUUUUCAAAAUACAUCCAUGGGUUGGGCUGUCCCAGAGAAAUACUACUAAUUCUUGGGGGUGGACAAUUGGCACAACUCUCUCUUCUGAACUGUAAGUUUCUUUUGAACUCAUAUAUGUUAUUCCCUCAUGCUUUCAAAUCAGGAAUUAAU